AUGCUUCCGGAGACUGAAUUGUUCUCGUUGACCGAUUCUGACGGCGCAUAUCUCGAAUUCACCGAUUCCCAACCAUUUGUAACACUCGUAAAUUGCACAAACCCGUCAUUGACCCAAUGGGUUCAAGAACAGUCAUCCUCCUCGGUGUUUUCCGCUUCCCCAGGUCAAUCCACACAGUCCACGAAUUUCUCAUCUGGAUCCUCACCACUGGUUGAGGCCACCUCGUUCGCGGAACAGCUUUCAUCGGAUAAGGCUGAACUGUGUGAAGAAUCUCACGGGAAUUUUGUGCACUAUACCGACGAUUUGGGAUUUGUUCGAACGGGUGAUGCAUAUGGGUGA